AUGGCGGAGGAGGAGGAAGAACAAGAAGAAGACGGACGGAGGAGGAAGAACAAGAUGAUGGGAGGACGUUCACCAAACGGUGGCAGCGGCGAAGGCGUGCAUCCUGGCCUCCGCGCUUCCUCCUCGGCGUGCGUGCGCGUGCGUCUUCCUGAGGGAGUGGCGCUGUCGGCACGAGACGACUCCAACAAUAGCGCGGUUGACAUCAGCAGAGCGCCUGUCUUGUCAUCAGCAACAGACGCGCGGCUGGCUGAACAGAAUCAGAAAAAACACCUGGAGGCGCUUUUUAACAGGUACGGCGAGAAUGGGAGCAUCUCCUUGGAGGGCCUGAAGCGCCUUCUGCGCAGUGUGGGUUUGGACCGCAACAGGAUCGUGACUGUGCAGCACCACAACCAUCACCACCAUGAUGAGCACAGUCACCAUGACGAGCACGAGCACCAUGACGAGCAUGACCACCAUGAUGUACAUGACCACCACGAUGAACACGACCACCACGAUGAACACGACCACCAUGACGUACACGACCACCAUGAUGACCACAAUCACCAUGAUGACCACGAUCACCAUGAUGACCACGACCAACAGCAAUGUGAGAACGCAUCCAGCAUCCUUUGGUCACAUGGGAUGACUCUGGACGGCGGCCUCACCCUGGCUGACUUUGCCUAUCUGUGCCCAGCGCUCCUGCGCCAAAUUGACGACCGCGCUUGCAUCUGGCACACAGGGAGAGAGCAUCAUAACCACAGUCACCAUGACGACCAAAGCGAAAGUAGCAAAAACAUCGCAACAGCAUGGCUGGGCGGCUUCCUAUCCAUCACGGUCAUCAGCCUCCUGUCGCUUGUGGGGGUGGUGCUCAUCCCGCUCAUGAACCGAGUCUUCUUCAAGUUCCUGCUCAGCUUCCUGGUGGCAUUGGCCGUGGGGACGCUCAGCGGCGAUGCUUUUCUGCACCUCAUCCCACAUUCUCAAGGAGGUCACCAGCACCAACAUUCGGAGGACCAUAUGCACCACCAACACGAUGAGGACCACUUGGACGGCGUUUGGAAGGGUCUGACUGCUCUGGGUGGAGUCUACUUCAUGUUUCUCAUCGAGCACUUCCUGACGCUGGGAAAAAUGUACAAGGAGAAGAAAAAGAGGAAGCGCAAAGGGGAGCCAGAAAAGCCCCUGCCAGCCCCGAUGGAGGAUGACAUCAAGACAUGUGAAGACGUGGAAACCAACGGCGGUGGAGUGUUUGCCGAGCGCCCCGAUGAGGAUGGUGUGGCGGAGGAGGAGCAAGUAAUGCUGAAGCUGUCGCCAAUGACAGCGGUGGCGGCAGCUUCGGGCUACACAGCGGAGGACUGCGAGAACAAAUGCCACUCGCACUUCCAUGACACUGUGGGCCAGGCGGACAGCCAGCACCACCACCACCACGACUACCACCAUAUCCUACACCACCACCACUCCCAGAACCACCACCCACACAGUCACACGUACCCGCGCCACCACUUCAAGGACGCCGGCGUGGCUACGCUGGCCUGGAUGGUCAUCAUGGGGGACGGCCUGCACAACUUCAGCGAUGGCCUGGCUAUUGGCGCCGCAUUCAGCGAGGGUUUGUCCAGCGGCUUAAGCACAUCAGUGGCCGUCUUCUGUCACGAGCUUCCACACGAGUUGGGUGACUUUGCCGUACUGCUAAAGGCCGGCAUGACGGUGAGGCAGGCCAUCCUGUACAAUGUGCUGUCUGCCACCACGGCCUACCUGGGCAUGGUGACUGGAAUCAUCAUUGGCCAUUACGCCGAAAACAUAGCCAUGUGGAUUUUCGCCCUGACGGCCGGCCUCUUCAUGUACGUGGCACUGGUGGACAUGGUCCCGGAGAUGCUCCACAACGACGCGAGCGAGCACGGCUUCAGCCACUGUGGCUACUUCCUGUUGCAGAAUGCAGGAAUCCUGCUGGGGUUCGGCAUCAUGCUCCUCAUCGCCAUCCUGGAGCACACCGUUCGCUUCGACCUCCAUUUCUGA